UAAUGCAAAGAAUUCGAACAAUAGAUAUUAUUCUUGUAUGUUCUUUACACUCUGCCGUUAGAAAACCGGCUUCGAUUAAUACUUGUAGUAAUGUGCAUUUAUAAUUUAAGUAAUGCGACGUUUUACUUAGAGUAACUGAAUGAUAUACCAUACGGUGGAAUCUGACUAGAGUAGUCCUCCACGAUUUUCAUUGCUAAGAACUCAGCAUGCCGUAUUCAGUUGUCGUACUCUGAACAGCACUGCAGCAGAACUCGAUUUGCGUUUAUUACAAAAUAAGAAAAUAUUAUAAAAUGAGUUCUACGUAUAUUCUCCACUAUUUUGAUGGUGGAGGCCGAGGUGAACCCAUUCGGUGGUUGUUUGCUUAUGCCGGCCAAGAUUUCGUGGAUAACCGCAUUGAACUCAGAGAAUGGCCAUUAAUGAAGCCUAAAACACCGUUCGGCACGCUACCAUACGUUGAAGUAGACGGACAAGUGCUAGGCGAAUUAGGCACCAUACUGCGCUUUUUAGCCCGAAGAUUUAACUUGUAUGGGCAAAAUCCAUGGGAAGAAGCAAGGAUCGAUGAGAUAAUGGACUUCGUUAAAGAUCGCAGAGCAGCAUAUCCGCGAUAUGUCCAAGCGGUAUUUUUUGAGAACCAACCGGAAAUGGCCGCUCAGGCAAAGGCAGACUACAUUGACCAAGCCCCGCUUACCCUGAAGAAGUUGGAAGAAAUUUUGGCUGCUACCAAGCACGGGGUUUUAGUGGGCACCCAAACAAGCCUGGUGGAUAUCUCAGUGGCGUACUAUUUCUACACUUUAGAAAGAUUUAAGAAAGGAAUUCUGGAUGAUUAUCCAACGCUUAGAGACCACGGCAGCAAGAUAUGGAACAGUGAUGGUAUUCAGAAAUGGCUACGAAAACGCAACCUUAGCUUUUGGUGAAAAACCUCAUUGGUCCGUUUGGUUUUCACUUCAAUGUUUAAUUUAAAAAAGCACGGCUUGCGAUAUGCGCAAAAUGUCAGCGACAUAAUUCAAACAGUUAAAACGCCAGCGAUACAAGUGUCGUGGCAAUUACCACAAAACACUAUAGACAAACAGACUGCAGUUGUACUG